CCCGUUCGUAAAUCUUUUUAACUUCGUCUCUUUCACUAUGCUGACUCGAUUAAUCAACAUGAUUCGCAGUCGAUCGAGUUAUAAACGCCGAGUUCGUGCCAGCUGCCUUUGUUCUUCCGAGCAUUCCACUUGGAUCCGCACGUGCGAUUCUUCUAGCUCGACAAAAGUGCCUCUGGAAUGUGGGUCAGAAGUAAAUGGGCAGAGGAAUUUUUGAAGUCCAACAACGACCGAUCGAGAUAUCUCAGUAAUUUCUUUAUCGAUUUUACUGAACAACUACAUCAGAUUCGAAAUUCGUUAAAAUCAUCGAUCGACGGACCAUCGAUGAUAUUUACAACUACUGGAGUGAUAUAUAAAAUUCCAUACAAAAAAGGUAUUUCACGAUUUAACAAGAACGGCAUACGAAGUGUCUUUAUUAAAGUCGAAGAUGACUCGUCAGAUCGUCGCCGUCGUCGUCGUUGUCGAUGGUAUAAUGUCAAGACAAAUUUGUUGGAUAUGGAUCUACGUGGAGAUUAAUAUUGUUGUUUUCUUUCUUUAACGAGAGUUCGAUAAUUGUCAUUGUAAAAUAAUUUUUUCGCUAUAAAUGGAGAGAAGGAGAUGAGGGUGGUAAUGGCGAUGACGU